AUGCAUGAAGAAACAUCGUCAGACUUUACCAAAGUUGACAAUUUGGUAAUCACGGAGUCUUUACGAACUAAUCAACAUUCAGGUCACAUACUAACCAAACUAAACAUUAAAACCUUAACCCAAGACAAUCAUAAACAACAAAUGACUGAGUACAAUCAAUCGGCUAAUAAUAAUUGCACAUUAACAAAAGCAACUAACACAGUAGUUCGAGAAACAGUUGAAUCAAAGCUUAGAGAUUUCGUCACUCGUAGGCAUGAUUAUCAUAAAGAAACUUCCACUAUCGUUAUGAGUUGCAAAGAAGAUAAUAUUAACAACAACAAUUGUGACAUUCCCAGCACCUCAAACCAUACCAUCGGUGUCGGAAUCAUGUCGCACAAAAAUUUUGAGUUGAGCUUUGAUCAUCAACCAUCACCAUCAUCGCUGAAUUCAUGCGACACUUUAUUAAGUCCCGUAGAAGCUCCUUUUGGUAGACGUUAUGCUGAAAUUUCACAAUUCAAAAACCAUCCCAACAUUGAAUGGUCGAUUGACGAUAGCAACGAAGUUAAAGAACAAAACCAAGCAGAAAGUUUUUAUGACGAUGUUGAUACUUCAAAACCAGAGACAGUGAUGGAAGUGACAAAUAAGGAGAAAACCGAUGAUGAAGAUCUGCUUUUGGCAAACGAUAAUCUUUCAAAAGAGUUCUUCGAAUCGAAUGCUGAGUCGAGUUCUGAUGGUGGUGUGUUGGCUGAAGGUGAAGAUGAAACAUCGAGUAGUGAAUCGGAAACUUCAUGGUCGCCAAGUCCACAAUGCAGCAUCACUUUAAUGGAGCGACUCUUACAGACUCAUCCAGUUUGGUUCUUACCCGGCUUACAACGAGGUGGAAGUGUUCAUCUGCUUCAAGGAAAGGAAAUCGGUGCUUUUAUAGUUCGUGGAUCAAGCCAAAAAAAUACAAUGGCGAUAUCUGUGAGACUUCCACGUGAUGCGGGCCCAUAUAUUGAACAUUACUUAAUUCAAUCUCAAGAUGGUCUUUUGAACCUUGAAUCAUCGCGUUUUAAAUUUGAUUCGAUACCAGCAUUAGUUGCACACUAUUCAAAUUGUUGUGAUGAGUUACCAGUUCAAUUGUCACUUCCAAGAGGUUUACGUGAAGCUAAAAAUCGACAACAAUUGAUGUCACUGGCUUUGCUUGGAUCUGAGUUUUGGAGAUGUCCAAUUGCAUCACCAGAGAUUGAAGAAACUUCACUUAAUAGUCAAAUAAAGUCGCCAACAGAAACGAGUGGCAUUAGUACUAUGGAGCUUACGGGCUCCUUAAAGCAGAAGAACAGUAUUUUGAGUAAACUUAAUUUAAGAGGCAAUAACAAUACAAAUCAACAGUUGGUCGAUACACCAUCAGACACCGCGUCUAGUCUGAGUAGUUUUGCAGUCAGUGGUGGUCAAUCGCAAAUGUUAAGUCCACUUUCACCCGACAAUGUCUUCAUAACAAGUCCAACUGUUGAGUUUUGUAGCAUGAAAAGCAGCAGUAACUCAAUCAAUAAUCUGAAUAGUCCCUCGGGUAUCAUUGGCAGAACAAGCACAUUCAAAGCGCAAACUUUUUCAUCAUCACAAAAAAUUCCACAAAAUCGAGAUGUGAAUUCCGAUUUUCAACAAAAUAUUGCUUUGAACGAUGUCGCUACAAAUAAAAGGGAUGAUGUUCAUAUCGAGGAAUUUGUACAACAACGAACCCGACCAACUCCACCCAACACAUUAAAUUUAGCAAUCGCCAGCAGAGCACCAGUUCCACCAAAACGAUGGCUUAAACCAUCCGGAUCGACGACAAGUCCAUUUGUGGAACAAAAUACAAUGCAAACAAAUAACAAUUUCACUGUAACCACAACAGUAACAUUUAAUGUAUCAAAGCAACAGCAACAACAUCACACGUCGGAAAUCGAAAUUCCGCCGAGAAAUAAUGUGCCCAUAAUAUCAGAACGUCUUUCACCCGAAGGCGGCGAAAGUAAAACCAACAGCGAUUCGAGUCUUCAAAAGUGGGAGCAAGCCAAAUCGUCAUUGAAUCAGUUUAAGAACGAGAGUAUGCGAUCAAAACGACAUAACGGAAGUCGACGUAAGGAAUCAAAACAUUAUCAGGAAUCAGAUAUAUUGGAGUCACCUUCAGUUUAUUGUCGAAGUAAUUUGGGUGAUAAAAUUAGUGAUUACGAGGAUUUGUGGACUCAAGAGAACAAUAAUUCACGAUCGAGUCUCCAUAUCGCUUUGGAAACGUCAUCGAAAAAUAAUGAAGCUUUAACAACGCCAAUGGCAAUUUCUCCAACUCAACUGAUGACACCAAUUGUGGGUAGUGAAGUUGCAAUCACAACAAAUAAUUCACAAAUUAUAACGACAUCGAAGUCAAUCAUUGACAACAACAAGAAAAGUCCAUUUUAUUCCGAUCCUGUUGAUGUCGUUCCUUCAUUUCUUCAAAUUGUUCGUCGUGAACCCAAAGUAAAUCUUUUGCCAACAUUUCAUCGUUAUUCGGAGCCACCAAAAGGUCAGUUUGAAGAUUUGAACUUUCAUUCGUCGCCUAUCGAAGUGGAAAAAGGUUUCCAAUCAUCAAUCAUAGCUGGUUCAUUGGAUCAUUUGAAGGCACCUUAUAAACCAAUUAACAAUCAUCGAUUGGAUCCAACUUGGACGGUAGACUCAAGUUGGGAGUUUGUCGAUGCUGACAAGAAUGAUGACUCAUCGGAAACAAGUUCAGUGAGAAACAUGAAGCAAAUAACACCGCAGAAUUCAUUGAGAAAUCGAAACGACAAUCAACAGAAGAAAAUGAUGAACACUUUCGAUCGACAGCAAUGUGGAAUGAGCGUUGACUCUUAUUUGAUGAACAGUAAGAAGUCAAAUGUUUAUAAAAUGGUCGCUAAGAAAUAUCCAGAAAUUAACUUAAAACCCUCAAUCGUUCCUUCAAACGCCAUUCCAUCAACAUGGCAGACUUUCGAUAGUGAUUGCAGCAGUAAAUUCCAGCGUUUGUCAUCGUAUGACAAUGUUGAACAACAAUCGGUUUAUGGUGGAUCGUAUCAAAAUAGCGCACCAUCUGAAGACGGAACUUUGUUCUCUGAACCAUGGGACAGCUCACAAUGGGACACGUUUAUGCCUACAACUGACGAUUCAAGUACGAUACAUUUGUCAAAAUGUCGUCCGGCAAUUUCGGAAGAUGAAACUAUUAUGGAAGAUUCCAGUAUCGUGUCGAAGAGUCAUGCAAAUACAAUUCAAAAGAAUCCACUUAUCAACACACAGAAAGUCGCAACAGUUCUGAAACAUCGAAGCAGUUAUUAUUAUCGUGAUCGGGAAAUCUUAAACGCGAGUCAAGUUGAAGCGUCGGCGUCAACAAAAACAUCAGAGAAAAUUAAUCCAAUUAUAAAGUGGUUCAAACAAUUAAAAAAUGAUAAGAAAGAAGAAAAUGGUGACGAGUCACAACAGCUGAGACAAGAAAUUGACGUGGUACCAAAAACAGAACUCUCGGCAUCACGCCAAACACUUAACAAUAUAAACAUCGCUCUUCAAGUCGGUGAAUCGUCUGGUGAAAGUAGUGCAAAAUAUGUAGGAGAUGAACAUGAAAAAACCACGUGUUGUAACAAUAAAUAUUGUUGUGCUAAUGAAGAAGGAAAUGAUGAAAAUGAUGAAGACAUUUCCAUUUCCGAUGACUUUAAUCUUGAAUCAAUAAAAACUUUGAAAACAACAACGACGCCAUCUAUCGUUGAGAAUUUAAGAUUACCCACUGAUAAUAACAGUGAAAAUAGUUCAAUUAUCAACGAGACUGAUUGUCGUCCAGGAGCAGAAGCCCUUAAUUAUGCUUUUGAAGGUGAUGAGGAAAAAACGCAAGGAAAAUAUGUUUGCUUGAAGAAGAAACAUGAACGUUUUCAUUCUGACAAUUCUGAUUUGUUUACAACCACUGACAGUUUGGAUUCAAUUAAUGAUCAUUCAACUCUUAAUUACGAGUUGUUAUCGUCUAUCGAGAAGAGACUUGACUCAUCAGAAUAUAAUAUUACGAAUUGUCAAAUUUACAAUGACAAUGUUAAAAGAAUUAGAGAAAUGAUGAGUGAACCACCGACAAAUGAUUGGAUUUGCGAGGAUUUCAACGACGAUAAGAUAAGCACUCGAAUGGACGCUGACACGAAAACAAUUAAGGAAUUCUACAGGCUCUGCGUUCGUAGUCAUGUCUUGAUACACUACCUUGAUAUUAAAGUUGAAGUUGGUGAAUCGGAUGAAGUUUACGAAAGUAGUUUUGAGAACUUCAUCAAAUGGCUUUUCUUCCGAGGAAAAGAAAUGACGGAAGAGCAUCUAGUAAAUAAGAGUGUAUGGAUUCAAGCAAUUUUAAACUUCUUUCGAAAGAAGAAGCAUCCUCGUAACAAAACAGAAAAGAACGAUCCCGGCGACGGAGUGGAGGCAUACACACUAUCAUUGGCAAAAGACGAGACAUCAAUAUUCGCAAAAAAUAUCUACAAUUUUAUCGCAUGCACACGAGAAUCACGAGAGAAAAUUCCACACAAAGUGAUGAGAAACAUCCGUCAAUUCAUGAAUGGAAUGAAAAAUUAUCUCGUUAAACAUGGCGAAGCUGAUUUCGCGAUUGAAGUUGACAAAGCACGAGCAGCAUUAAAACCCGAUGAGUUUUUAAAUCUUGAUCAAAUUCUUGAAGGAGUUAUGCAUCAAUUGGUCGUCCUUCCAUUGAAAGAACAUUUGAAUGAAUUAUUUGUGGAAUAUUACGCAUCGCGAGGUGACAUCGAGUUGAUUAUCAACAACAUGAAAUAUGGGGAGAGCAAAGAUCCCGAAGCAUUCGGUGUUAAAAAGGGACUUAAAACGCCAUCGCCUCAAGCUCUUGCUCGCAUAUCAAUGUUGUUUGCAAAACUUCAAGAGGCUGAAUUGCCGUUUGAUAAAUUAGAUUUUCUUCUCACCGCCAUGACAACAAUCCUCGAUAGCACGAGCGAUCCAGAUUCUGACACUAAUGAUGCACGACACUUUGGAUGUGACGAUUUCUUGCCUUUACUUGCCUACGUCCUUUGCAAGUGUGGUUUCCACUUUGCGGAAAUCGAAGCUGAGUAUAUUUGGGGUUUGAUGAUGCCGACGAUCAUGAACGGACAAGCUGGAUACUACACAACUGCUUUGUGUAGUGCGGCUGUCAGUUUAAAGGAAUUCAAGCAGCAAUUCGAUAAUAAGGAAGGAUCCUUGCCUCCAAAUAAUUCAAUUGAAUGUUCGGUGCUCCGGAUCAUCAUACCAAAUGAGUACAAUGGAUCCAUUCAAACGAAAACGAUUCCCGUUCGUCCACACACGACCACAAGAGACGUUUGUCGAGUUAUUGCACACAAGAGUCAAAUAACCAAUCCAAUGGACUACGGCCUCUUCAAACUUACCGAUGGAGAAGAAACUCUAUUGAUGGAUAACGACUGCCCACAGGAUAUUCGAUUAGCAUCAGCUGGUAAACAUUGUACCCUCGUCUUCCGUCGAUUCGACUCCAAAAUUGCGUGGCCAAAGCAGUAAUUAAAAAUGCAUUAAAUGCUCAGCCGUCGAGAGCAAUUUGUUCGAUUAAAUAAACAUACGAAAUAAGAAACAAAAUUAAAUCUUAAGCAAAAAAAGAAGAAAUUCGCCGAUAAAAGAAGAAAAGGAAAAAAUUACCACAAAAUUACAAAUUGCUUUGUAAGAAACCACAGCGAACCAUCGUUUAUCCAUAAAAGAAUCUUUAGAAGUUUUUUCUGCCUUUCUGGAAUCUCCUUUGGGAUUACUUCUCGUUAAAACAACAUCAUUUAACCAAACACAAACACACAUGAUGGGAAAGAUUCGAAUACCCGGUGGAAUGUUUCUUUUUUCCUUUUCCUUUCUCUCGAUCCCCUUUCGAAUCUUUAUUAGAUCCACUGGAGGCGAAUACAUUAGAUCCUUGGAGCAUAUAUGGGAACUCGCAUCAAACGCUGCCAAUUUAACAAAGCUAUGAAAACAGUAUUUUCAUUCAAUAUCUUUACGCAACUCCCCGGGAAAUUCUCUUAUUUAGAAGUGAAAAAGUAGAAAAAAGAAAUGAAAUGAAGAAAGAAAAAAUGACGAGAAUGAGAUGAAAAAGAAAUGUAUUUUGUAACGUAAACUUUUUAUGGAUCUAAAGACGAAAAAAGAGAAAUGUUUAAAGAUAAGAAUGUGAAGAAGAGAAGGAUGGAAAAUCCCUGGAUUUUUAUUACGGUAUAUUUAUUAAAUAUUUAUAUAAAUUAUACAAGGACGAUUUACACAUACAUCUCUUCAAAUAUAUCCACCCUCGUUGCGAGGAUUUCUGACGACAUUAAGACAUCAAAUACCGUGCAUACUUUAGCAUACUUUACUUACAUAUAUCUGAAUAGAUUUAUUCUUUGAAUGACAUUUGCAUAACCAAACAUCCUUUUAUACUAAAUAAUAAAGAUUAAGGAUAAUUUCUUUUAAAUAUUACUAAAUAUCUAUUCUGGAAAGGCAAUAGUUGGUAAAUCAUAUAAUUAAUUAGUCUUGUAAUCGAUUUUAAAUCUAGAAGUUGGUUUUUUGAUACAUGAUUUUACAACUUAAAAUGAUAAGCGAGGAACAUGAUGAUGAUCAAUUGCAAUUAUUUUAGUUUACGCUGUGAUUAACCCGUAGAAAAUAGAUGAAGUUUGAUUAUCUAAUAUAUUUGUUUUUGUGUUAAUUUAAGAUCAUUUCAUAACAUUUGACAUCAACAUUUUUAUCGAACCUAAUUGAUUUAAAUUGAUAAAAUUUCAUAAAGUCAAAUUACUGGUCUUGGAAAUAAAUUUUAUAUCAUCUUGUAAAUGAUUACAAUUGAAGGUUGUUCAACUCUCAAACGUAAAAUUCAAAAAUCAAAGUUGCCAAAAACAGAAGUCAAAUUAUUUUUCAGGGAUGUUAAAGCAGAAUCGUGCUUGCCUAUAAAAGAAUUAAAAUUUCAUUUAACAUCUCUGUAGGUUUUCAGCUUUCACUUGUAAUCAACACACCCCAUCUUUAAUAAUAAGAAUAAUGAUCAUUGACAAUUUAAAGAGACGACUUUCAUUACAAUUGACCAGAAGAAUAAUUUAAAGUUAUUAACCAAAAGAUGAUAAUUGAAUUCUUUAAAUUAAUUGAUAGCUAUUGUUGUGAGUGAAUUAAAUGGCAAUGAGAUUUUAUUGAUCGAACCGAAUGCAUAGAAAUACAUAAAAAUAUUAUCGAGGGGGACAAA